AAUCUCCAAACAAACCCUUUGUAACAUUUACGAGAGAACGGUGAAAACAAGAAAAUAACCGAAAUUAGGGAAACUUUUUCCCUAGCGGAUUUGGCAAAUCACAUCGCUUUCAGGACUUGCCUAUUUGUUCGUACAAGUGCAUUGGAAUUCGAGCAGAUGUUUAUAAAUUUUCAGCUAAUUUUUUGCCGCCCGUAUACCAUAAAACGCCUCUCAACUUGUGAAAGAAUCUCAAAGUAAUCAAACUUUCAAAGAUUUCGUCUAAUGGCAAUCUGAGCGAGAGGUUACAAUAUCUACCUACUUAGCCAUGGAUUCACCGUCGGGUAAACGUUGCAGGAGAAGCGCCGGUCUAGGUAAGUGGCGAUGCAGCGAAAUGGCGUUGCCUUCAAGCUCGUAUUGCGAGAAGCACAACUUGCAAAGACAUAAACAGGCUCAAAAAAGAAUUCGCAGAGAUGGAGAUAAUAACAGCCACUGUAAAUCCCGCAAGUUAAAGAGAAGUGGCAGUGUGGGAGGUGAAUUCAGCGGAUCGGAAAUGAACAAGAAGAAGAAUGGUAGAGAGGAGGAGUUGAGCGGUGGAUCGGAAGAAGGGGACGUGCUUGUCUUGACAGAGAUGUUGGCCAGGGAGCGCGAAAAGGAAGAGAAAGAUAUCAAGGGGAGUAAGGUUGGUUCUCGAAAUUCAGUGAAGGAGAUAGUGGAUUCCGGUGAAGGAAAAGCUAAUUCCCGUAAAAAACAAGCCUCCGUUAAAGCUGUUAGGAAUGGUGCCGCUAGAGAGAAAAUAUCCGUCGAGAAGAAUAAGAAGAGUAAAAGCAAAGAAUUUGGAAGUUUAAUGUGUCAUCAGUGCCAAAGGAACGACAAGAGUGGUGUUGUUUUUUGUUCCAGUUGUCAAAGGAAGCGUUAUUGUUACGAGUGCAUUGAAAAGUGGUAUUCGGAGAAAACAAGGGAUGAAGUUGAGGCUGUAUGUCCGUAUUGUCGUGGAAAUUGCAAUUGUAAAGCUUGUUUGCGUGAAGUUUUGGUUGUCAAGGAUAUCCGCAAGGAUAUAGAGGCCAGUGUCAAAUUGGAGUGGCUAAAAUAUUUGCUUCAUAAAGCUCUCCCAGUUCUUAAGCAUAUAUACAGGGAGCAGAGCUCUGAAAUAGAGAUUGAAGCAGACAUAAAAGGAUCUCAAUUGGCAGAAAUUGAUAUAACAAGGUCUAAGUUGGACAAAAGCGAACGUUUGUACUGUGACAACUGCAAUACAUCAAUUGUUAAUUUUCACAGAAGCUGCUCCAGAUGUUCUUAUGAUUUAUGCCUAAUCUGUUGUCAAGAGCUAAGAGAAGGCUGCCAACCUUGUGCUAAUGAAGCAGAAACAUCCAGCCAACAGUUAGUUGAAAGAGCAAGUUUUCAAACUAUAGAGAAGGAUGAAAAAAGUAAUGCAGCAAGGAGAAGACAUGGAUGGGAAAGCCAAGUGCAUUCACACAGUAACGAUAAAGCUGUUACAUCUUCUCAUUUGCCUGAUUGGCGAGCUAAUGCUAAUGGUAGCAUUCCAUGUCCUCCAAGUGACUAUGGAGGUUGUGGUUCUUCUACACUUGAGUUGAGGCGCGUUUUUAAAGCUAACUGGGUAACUAAGCUGAUAAAUAAUGCCGAGGACAUUACCAGUCAAUACAAGCCACCUGACGUUGAUUUCUAUAUGGAAUGUUCUUCAUGCCAGCCAAAUGCUUUAGAUGGAAACAGCAACAGUAGUUCUAAUGUGAGGCAUGCAGCUAACAGGAAAGAGUGUUGUGAUAACUACUUAUUCUGCCCAAAUGCUCUUGAUAUAUCAGACGAUGAAAGUGAGCAUUUUCAGAGGCAUUGGAUGAGGGGUGAACCUGUGAUUGUCCGUAAUGUUCUAGAGAAAACAUCUGGUCUUAGUUGGGAACCCAUGGUCAUGUGGAGGGCUUUCAGAGAAACAGGUUCCAAUGUAAAAUUCAAAGAAGAGACUCGAAGCGUAAGGGCCAUUGAUUGCUUAGAUUGGUGUGAGGUCGAAAUUAAUAUUCACCAAUUUUUCAUGGGCUACUUAGAGGGUCGUAUGCACAACACUUGCUGGCCAGAAAUGUUGAAAUUGAAGGAUUGGCCUUCAUCAACCUUAUUUGAAGAACGUUUGCCCAGGCAUAAUGCUGAAUUUAUUGCUGCACUCCCUUUCAGUGACUACGCUGAUCCAAAAUUUGGCUUUUUAAACCUUGCUGCACGGCUUCCAGAGGGAUCAUUGAAGCCAGAUAUGGGACCCAAGACAUAUAUUGCAUACGGAUUCUCUGAAGAACUUGGUAGAGGCGAUUCUGUAACAAAGUUGCAUUGUGACAUGUCUGAUGCGGUAAAUGUAUUGACCCACACAACUAAGGUGAAAAUUGCUCCCUGGCAACGCAAAGAGAUAGAAAGCAUGCAGAACAUGCAUGCUGCGGAAGACAUGCAAGAGCUAUAUGGGGGUGUAGAUAAAGCUAAGGUUGGAAUGGAAGAAAGAUUAUUGAAGACAACCCAUGGGGACAAGAUCAUUGUUACUGAUUGCGCAAAGAAUGGAAGCAUGGAGCAUGGGCACUUGUUGUUGGAAGAGAAACACAUAAAGGAAGGGAAACUGGAUAACGAACAAUCAAAUGCUAAUCCACCCGUUCCAGAUUCCUGGAAUCUAAAGAUUGCUGGAUUGGAUGAAUCAAAGCCUGGAAUGGGGCAUUCUGUUUCCUCUGAAAAUUGGAAAAACAAUAGUAUUGGGACAGAGUUGCUUCAAGUAAAUGAUUCAAAUCCUCGCAUUCUUGAUUUUAAUAAAAAUGGUGUGACACAAGGGGUUAAUAAUAACCCUGAAAAAGGCUCCUUCGAGGAAAAUAGUGACAGAAAAUUAACUUCAAAUAUGCCGAAAGUUGAACCAAACAAAUGCUCUUUGUCUAGCAGUGCAGAUGAAAGGGAUAAUCUGUUUGUUGAAAAUUUGAAUAAUAAAUCAAGCAUCUUGAAGCAUAAUGUGAAGGUAGAAGCAGAGUCAUUUCCAGAAAAUAAUGACAAAGGGAGAACUGAUAAAAAGAUGGAAAAUUUUGAAAUGGAGAGAUCUCCAUCAAGCAGCAUGGUAGAUAAGCAUUACUUGAAAACAAGAAGAAUGGAUCAUAGUUUAAGAUUGGAGAAAGAGGUCAAAAAUAUUUCAGGAAAGGACCAAAUGGAUGAAAAUGUCUACUCUUCAGAGUUAAAUGCUGCCACAGCAGAAAACGUGACUGUGAAGUUAAACGAGCAAAGCGUAAACCAAUCUAAAGUGGUAACUGAGAGCGAAGGUUUAGCUGAUUUGAGUGCAUCCUACCUAGAAAAGAUUAAAUGUUCAAACGACAUGGUGGUAACGAGGAAAGACAAGUUUGGGAUUUCAUUCUCUGGUGAUUGUGCACUUAGUGUCCCUGUUUCGAAAGAAUCAGACCAAGAGGCUGUCAAGGAUAUAGGAAAUGAUGAUAACUCAGAACUGGUCAAAGGUGGUGCUGUCUGGGAUAUCUUUCGCAAGCAGGAUGUUCCUAAAAUCAUUCAGUAUUUGGAAAAGCACAAGAAGGAAUUUCGCCAUGUUAACAAUCUUCCUGUAAUUUCAGUCAUUCAUCCCAUUCAUGAUCAGACUCUUUUCUUAAAUGAGAGGCAUAAAAGGCAACUGAAAGAGGAAUUUGAUGUGGAACCUUGGACAUUUGAGCAAUACCUUGGUGAGGCUGUUUUCAUUCCUGCCGGAUGCCCUCAUCAAGUGAGAAAUAGACAAUCUUGUAUUAAGGUUGCACUGGAUUUUGUUUCUCCCGACAACAUUGAGGAAUGCCUUCGAUUAACUAAUGAGUUCCGUAAGCUCCCAAAGAACCAUAGAGCCAAGGAGGACAAGUUAGAGGUAAGAAAUUUGAAUUUAAUUUCUUUAUUUGUUUGAAUAGGUUUAAGUAGAAUGCAUUUGGUAGCCAAUUUUAAUGAUGUUAUGCUUAACUUGGAAAAGCCUUUGGAAUGGACAUAUUCAACUGUCUCUCCUUCUUAAGUUAGGUUUUUAUGUUGUAGGGUUACUUGGUAAAGUAAGUUAGGUUCAGGGUAGUUAGAUGGUAGAAUUCUAUAUAUGUUCACAGCUCUUUGUAAUUAAGGUAAAUGCAUUUUCAGAAUUAAAAAAAUUCUCCCAUCCUCUUGCCUCAACCAUCUCUUUUGCUUUCAUUGUUGAAUUUUGACAUGGUAUCAAAGCCUACCAAAGACUCCGAUUACCUUCAUCUUUUCUUUGUUUUUCAUUGUUCUUGAUUGAUAUGUUUUUCGGUUAUACAGUUUAUAUUUUUUGGUAUUGUGAUUUUAUCACAUUCAUUGCUGUCUCUUUAAGUUUUUUUACUUGGUUCAAAUUGGAGUGUUUGGAACUUUGCAACAAUUGUGAACGAGCAUGAAUUCAGCAAUGGAGGUUUUGCAGCUGUAAUCUCUAUUGAUUCCCACCAUCUGUUGUACUUUCAUCUGUCAAAUACACUAGGCACGCUUCUUGUUUCGAACCAACUAUUGGGGUUUGAGAAUUACAAAUGUUUGGAGGCGUUAGAUGCGCUUUACAUUGUUGGCAAAGAAUAAAUUGGGCUUUGUUGAUGGAGUUUGCCAAAAGGAAUCUUAUGAUCCCAUCUUUCAUCAUUAAUUGGAGCGCUGUAAUCCCAUUGUUCUUUCUUGGAUUUUGAAUGCAGUUUACAAAGUAUUUUUAAUAAGAAUCAUCUUUGUAUCAAGUGCUUCUUUAGUUUGGCAAGAUAUUGAAGAAAGGCGCGAUAAGGUUGAUGGUACUUGGGUUUAUUUUCUCCAUCAAGAAAUUCCUUCUCAUGUGCAAGGCUUUAGUCUUUACUCAAGCAUAGUAUCAACAAAUUCUGGGAUUACUUAAUAAGGGAAUAUCUGUUGAUGCAACUGCAAUAUGACAGGUAAAAAAGAUGGUGCUCUAUGCUGUUAGUUCAACUGUGAAAGAGGCCCAAAGUCUGAUGACGCCUAAUCAGGUGUAAGAUAUAUCUAAACUUUUAGAAUCUUAAUUUGGGGUUCAAUAAUUUAGCCUGUAAAUAUCCGAUGGAUGGGGUUGUUCAUAAUUGGAUUGCGUUAUUUUACUGGCCUUUUUUGCUCCUCAAGGUUGAAGUUGUAAAUUGCACCAAUCACCUUGUAAAUGUUUUGUCAAGCAGAAUGUUAAUUGUUAGUAGACAUAAAUUAGCCAUGAUAGAACAAUAACAACA